UUCAAAUUUCCAUAACUGUUUUAAAAUAUCUAAAUAAUCCUCGAAACACAUUUCAGUUUUACUUCAUAUAGGAUCAUAGAUUGCUUCUUUGCCGCCAAUUAGUCGUCUUAGGGUUUCCCUUUCCACAAACUCUUAAGAAGCGGCAAAUAAAAAAGUUGGAUGAGAAACUCGAAGCUAGAAAAAUGCGCAAUGUUCGUGUCUCUCAGCAAGAAGAGAUCGAUUCAGAUACUCAUGGCGGUUGGUUUACUGUACAUGCUUCUGGUCACGCUCGAAAUCCCCCUCGUCUACAGAUCCGGAUUCAACACUCUAUCACACGAUCCGUUAACCCGGCCCGAUCAUCUCGGUAGCGAGCUGGAUCUGCAAGAGAGACGAGGAGCUCCAGGGCGUCCUUUUAAGAGCUUGAUUUAUCAUGAAACGGAAUCAGUGGCCCCUGCUCGAGCUGAACGGAGAAGAAUAUCACAAGAGAUCUUUAUAUCCGGGUUGAAAUUUGACCCGGAUCCGAGUAGCAGAGACGAGUCCUUGGAGCUCCAUGAAUCCGCCAAAGUAGCUUGGGAAGUUGGUAGAAAGCUAUGGGAAGAGCUGGAAUCUGGAAAAGCCCUUAAAGCCUUAAAGGAAGAGAAGCUUGGCUCCAGCUCCAGUUCCAGUUCCAGUUCCAGCUCAUGCCUGGUCUCCGUUUCCUUAUCCGGGUCGGAUCUUUUGACACGUGGGAAGGUCAUAGAGCUUCCUUGUGGGUUAACACUCGGAUCACACAUCACGCUGGUGGGGAAGCCACGCGCUGCACACUCUGAGAUGGACCCGGAGAUAUCAAUGGGGAAUGAAGCUGUGAAGGUUUCGCAGUUUAUUAUGGAGCUCCAAGGGUUGAAGGCAGUGGAAGGAGAAGAUCCGCCUAAGAUUCUUCAUUUCAAUCCAAGGCUUAUGGGUGAUUGGAGUGGUAAGCCUGUGAUUGAGCAGAACACUUGUUACAGGAUGCAAUGGAGCUCGGCGCAACGAUGUGAGGGCUGGAGAUCGAGUGAUGAUGAUGAAUCAGUUGAUGGUCAGCUUAAGUGUGAGAAGUGGGUUCAAGAAAAUGGUACUUCUUAUUCUAAUGAAGAGACUAACAAGGCAACAUGGUGGCUGAGUCGGUUUAUUCCCAGGAGCAAGAAAGUAGCUGUAGAAUGGCCAUUUCCAUUCACUGAGGAGAAGCUCUUCGUGCUUACGCUAAGUGCUGGGUUGGAAGGUUACCAUGUUAGUGUCGAUGGGAAACAUGUCACAUCUUUCCCUUUCCGAACUGGGUUUACGCUUGAGGAUGCUACUGGUCUAACUGUUACUGGAGACAUAGAUGUUCAAGCUGUUUUCGCUGGCUCUCUCCCAACCUCGCACCCUAGUUUUGCCCCUCAGAGGCAUCUUGAUCUCUCAAGAAAGUGGCAGGCCCCAUCAGUUUCUGGUGAAGAAGUUGAGUUAUUCAUCGGCAUCCUCUCUGCAGGUAAUCAUUUUGCUGAGCGGAUGGCUGUGAGGAAGUCUUGGAUGCAACAUAAACUUAUCACAUCUUCCAAAGUGGUGGCUCGGUUCUUUGUGGCAUUGCACUCAAGGAAGUCAAUCAAUGUGGAGCUAAAGAAGGAAGCUGAGUUCUUUGGGGACAUAAUUGUAGUGCCUUAUUUGGACAGCUAUGAUCUAGUUGUCCUGAAAACUGUUGCAAUUUGCGAGUAUGGGGCUCAUCAGUUAGCUGCCAAAUACAUAAUGAAGUGUGACGAUGACACAUUUGUCCGAGUAGAUGCAGUUCUUAGGGAAGCAAAGAAAACACCCACAGAUCGAAGCUUGUACAUUGGCAACAUCAACUAUUAUCACAAGCCUCUUCGCCAGGGGAAGUGGGCUGUUACAUAUGAGGAAUGGCCAGAGGAAGACUAUCCACCUUAUGCCAAUGGACCUGGCUACAUAUUAUCAACAGAUAUCGCUCGUUUCAUCGUUAAAGAGUUUGAGCAACACAAACUAAGGUUAUUCAAAAUGGAAGACGUGAGCGUGGGAAUGUGGGUGGAACAGUUCAACAACAGCUUGAAACCUGUGGAUUAUGAGCACAGCAUUAGCUUCUGCCAGUUUGGUUGCAUAGAGAAUUACUUAACGGCUCAUUACCAAUCGCCAAGACAGAUGAUCUGCUUGUGGGGCAAAUUGGUCUUGACGGGCAAACCUCAUUGCUGCAACUUGAGAUGACCCAACUGUGUAAGUUGAGAACAUCAAUGAGCCUUUGAUGUAUGUAUGUAAGUCUUUGCCUUAGAACAAAUCAAUGGAUCCGUUGUUGAAUCAUUCAUUCACUUUUUUUUUGGGGGUCAAAAUUGAAUCAUUCAUUCGCAUUCA